AACGGCACCGCCGGAGCCGCGGGAGUCGGGCGGGAUGUUGGCGGUCCGGCGCGCCCCCGUGUGGCGAAGGAGACUGAGAAGAAGGUCAAUCCUGGGACCAGACCGAAGACCUCCCCUCCUAGCUGCACGGCAAGAGCUCCCAGAGGCUCUGCGCAACGAGCCGCCUCAUCCACGUCGGGUGGCGUCUCGCCAGAAAACGGCGGCGGCGGCGGGGGCGGGGGCCCUAGAAACGGCACUGCCUCCAUUCCAGGAGCCAAACCCAAACAGCAGGCCAAGCCGCUGUACAAACCGCCACUCGCCAAAACGGACUCGGCAAGUCCCGUCAGCAGAUCCAGGGUCAAAGAAGGCGUCAAAGUCAAGCCUGUAGCAAAAACGGACACCAAAGGCAAAGGAAUCCAAGACAACCACGUCGCCAAGCACGGAGCGUUUGGGAAAAAGCAGACUUUGCCCAGGAAGGAUUCCGACGGCUCGAGAGCCUCCGCACCGACCAAACCAAACGGGGAAACCGCCGAAAAGGUCCUAACCGGAAACUGCACCAAGUCCUUUUCGAAAUCAACCAAAGUAUCUACUCCACCACCGAAGCUACCCUUAAGCAAGUCGGCACAAAAGCUUAAAAGUACCACCGAAACUGAGAGAGCACCGCCAAAAUGCGGAGCGUCCAUUCGAAGUACUAAAGGCCUGGAGGCUAAGGAGAACGGUAAAAGUUUAGACUGUAAAACCGAAGGGGAACAGAGUGGAAGCGCCGGACUUGCUGGCUCUGAGGAGCUAGCGGCGCCGCAGCCAAGCCAGGACCAAGAUUCCCUCAGCCUCCAUCUGGACUCAACUUGUACUUCCGGAGUCCAGAAGACUGAGAAACAGGCGACAAAUGGAGCAGAAGAGCCUAGCGUAGCGCCGCAAGCGGUCAGAUCCAUCGCGUCGGUGAAAAAGACUGAAAACCUCACGGGUGUUCGGUCUCCGAGUACCCCCGGAGACACUCCGUGCAGCGUGGGAAGCACCGGCACUCCCUUGGAGGACUCCUGGAGCGGCAUCCACGCGCAGAUCAGCCCCGCGUCCGAGACGGGCAGCACGCACUCCACCUCCUCGGAUGACAUCAAGCCCUGCUCGGAGGACUAUGACGCGGGCGGCUCGCAAGACGACGACUGCUUCAACGAACGAGGGGUGUCCAAGUGCGGCACCAUGCGCUGCCAUGACUUCCUGGGGCGCAGCAGCAGCGACACGAGCACACCCGAGGAAAUCAAGAUGUACGAGGCCGGCGCCGGGUUGAGGGUGGAGGUCCGGCUGCGCGGCCGUGAGGUGGAGACCACCAGCGAGGAAGAAGGCGCGAGGCCGCGUCCCCGGUCGCUGUUGCAAAAGCAACGCUUAGUGUCCGCCGAGACGACAUCCAGCGUCCCGGAGCACCAGACGUCCGAGGAGGAGGAGGAGGAAGAGGAGGAGACGGAGGAGGAGAGGUCCGAAGUGGAGGUGGUCCCCAGUCAGGGUCCGACAGAACCCUCGCCGCCAUUUCAAGGCAUCGUCAACCUGGCCUUCGACGAUGGCGCCGCGGACCAGGACCACGAGCAACCCGACUUUCAGUCGACUUCCAAUUUCCGCCGAUCCGUUUUGCUCUCCGUGGAUGAGUGUGAGGAGUUGGGCUCGGAGGAAUGCGGCGCCCAGACCCCUCAAGACCCCGACGACGCCGCCACCCCGUGUGACGUUUUCGAAUCGGACUCGGUCACUCCGCAAUCCCACUGCGGCCCUUCCCGCUCACCCAACCCCUGCCAACAUUCGGGAACGGCGCGCCAGGAGCAAGGUGAGGACCCCCAAGAAAGGCCUCCAGAAUCCCCAACGGAAAGUCAGCAAAGCCGAGGGACCGGCCCGCUUCCGCCGAGCGUCGACGACACCGGGAACCCCCCGCCCCAGGAGCGGCCGUGUCACCUGGACCUGCGGCAACCUUACGCCAACGGAACCAAGAAGGCCGACUUGCACCUAGACUUAAAUGAGCCACGCGUGACGGGGGACACGCCCACACGUACUGCACAGUCUCCAGCAGGCGACAUUGCUUGUGACAGAUUGGAUCUAGGCGGCGGCAAACGCGAGCGGACGCCGUCCAACAAAGCCCUCUCCCCCAUUUACGAGACGGACACGGGCGACACUUUUGCGCGCCGCUCGGACAAGGACAGAUCCAGACAAGGAAACACUGAGGACAAAGGCAGCGAGUUUGCCGAGCGGGACUGGAGCCUGCUCAGGCAGCUCCUCUCGGACCAGGAGUCCAAUCUGGGAGUGAUCAACCCGGUGCCCGAAGAACUGAACCUGGCACAGUACCUGAUCAAGCAGACGCUGUCCUUGUCACGGGACUGUCUGGAUGCCAGGGCCUUCCUGUCCCCGGAAAGGGAGACCUUCAAGCGCUGGGCGGAACUCAUCUCGCCCAUGGAGGACUCGUCCACCAGCAUCACGGUGACCAGCUUCUCCCCGGAAGACGCCGCCUCGCCACAAGGGGAGUGGACCAUCGUGGAACUGGAAACACACCACUGA